AUGGCUGCAAUCUUCGCGCUGGGCUCUCUGGUUCUAUUUGGCUACGAACACGUGGAUCCAGAUUUCAUCGGACUUGCUUUUGAACAAUCUUCAUGGGUCCGCUAUGCCCUUGACGAUUACGGUAGUGUCAAUCAGUUCUCCCAAAAUCUCAUUGCGGCCAUCUAUAACCGUACGGGAGGAACACCCAUCAUCCGCAUAGGCGGCACAUCCCCAGACUAUGGCCAUUACCUCCCUGGACAGGAGCAGCCGGCCCUCCCCAUCGCUGAGCAGGACAACUACCAAGAUAUUGGAGGUACAACUAUCGGACCUGCCUUCUGGGACAUCACCCGACAAUUCCCUGGAGCAAAGUACAUGGUCCAAGUCCCUCUAGCUACCACCAAUGUGAGCGAGACUAUUGCCUGGGCUAAAUCAGCGGUAGAGGGAAUCGGUCUGGAUAAGAUACACUCUAUCCAGCUUGGAAACGAACCUGACCUUUACUCUGACACUUUCCACGGCGCUCGUGACGAAUAUCUUGGCCCCCCGGACUUCCAAGGAACGUUGGGCAAUGAGACCUACGUCGGCAACUACACCAAAUAUGCCGCUGCCAUCAGGGAGGCAAUUGACCUGCCAGAUAAGUUCUUCACGGCUUUCGAUGUGGCUUCUCAUGUCGAUGACCAAUCGGUCGCAGUGUGGCUGUUGCACCCAAAGCGGUGCUUUGAGCUAGGCAUUGACAAGGAAAACAUCAUCAAAGAGGUUUCCCAUCACUACUAUCAGAAUCAUGCCGGCGGUGCCGAAGACUUGGAAACAGGCCUUAUGGAUGUCAGCGUCACCCACAAGAACCUCGACUACCUGCAGUCUCGCAUCAACUGGCUCAGAGAAAAUCGACCGGACCUCCCUUUCAUUAUCAACGAGAUUGGCAACUCUCUUCAAGUGACCAACUCGUACUCAUACCAGGCUCGCCUUGGAAGUGCUUUGUGGGCCGUUGACUUUGUCCUCUAUAGCCUCAGUAUCGGGGUUAGGCGCUUCAAUUUCCAGCAGAUUAUGCAUUCAGGGUUCGACUUGUGGCUUCCUGUUACUAGUUCAGGAUUAGAUCCCCAAGUUUUUGCGACAUUUUAUGCCCAGCCCUUCCUGGGGGACUUCAUUAGCAAUUCGGGAAAAACGACUGUGUCCAAAGUCACUAUCAAUGGGGGAGAUGCAAACCCGAACUUGGUGGCAUAUGUUGCAUAUAAUGAUAACCAGCCGCAGAGAUUGGCAGUCAUCAAUCUUGACUACUGGAACCGAACAUCGUCGGGUAUUGAGCGUCCCGUGACUGAGGUCACCUUCACCGUCAGUGAAGCAGCUGAUACUGUCCAUGUCGACAGGCUAAGCAGCCCGGAUGGAGCCGGGGCUGACGCAUCGACCAUCGCAUAUGCAGGGAGCCAGUGGACAUAUGAAAGCUUAGGCAAGGAAGUCAAAGGUGUCAGGGACGACAGCGACGAGGUUCAAGGAGAGGAUGGGACAUUCACUGUCAAAGUUCCAAGCAGCGAGGCUGUGAUCAUCAACUUGCAGUAG